UGACAAGUGUAGAAAUAUUGCUUAGUGAAGAAACCACUUCGUAAAGAAAAUUAAUCAACAACAACCGCUUACACUGCUGACAAUGUGUGUGAAUUGUGAGGAAAAGUCGAAAGAAGACACAUUUAGCAGGGAUUCUCAAGAUUCCAUUGUGGCCGCUCAACCGGAAAAAACAAUGACUUCUUUGAACAAAACCAAGAUUACCAUUGAAGACGAAGAUUCCAAGGGGGCUCAUGCCUACCGCAAGCCACCCCUUCGUCAAUUUGCACCCUUACUGGUUGCCAUGGUUGGUCUCCCAGGCCGAGGCAAGAGCCUUUUAGCCCGGAGGCUCAACCGAUACCUUAACUAUACAGGGGACACAACAAAAGUUUUCGACAUCAGCGACUACAGAAGGAAGCAUGUGCAGAAGUAUGCUUCUCAUGAAAUGUUUAAGGCUGACAAUCAACCGAUGGUACGAAUUAGGCAACAGAGUUUCAGGGAAGCUCUAGAAGACGCCGCUGCUUGGCUUCAAGAAGAUGGAAAUGAAAUUGCCAUCCUUGACGGUCCGAAUGUAUCUCGUCAACAAAGACAAGACAUCUACGAUCUCGUUUAUGGGCAAUUGGGUUUUAGAGUCAUGUUCAUUGAAUGCGUUUGCGAAGAUCCAGUCAUUCUCGAACGCAACUUCAAGGAAAUCUUGCAAUACAGCGCAGAUUAUCGCGACAUGGCGACAGAGCAAGCCUUGACAGAUCUAACAUUUAAAAUGGCCCAUUACAAGGCCCAGUACGAAUCUCCAUCGUUAGGAAGUCAAUGGGAACUUCCAUGCCCCAUGGUUAAACUUUUGGACGGCGGAUACGGAGGUGUUGUUGCUCAUGGAGUUAAUGGCGUUAAAGAAACAAAGAUCCUUGCCUACAUUUCAACACCAAGACUGACACAACAAACUCUUUACUUUAGCAGGCAUGGAGAGAGCGAGUUCAAUGUGAUUGGCCGCAUCGGUGGUGACGCUCCAUUAUCACCAAGAGGCAGAAUAUACGCCCAGGCUUUGGCCAAACAUGUUCAUGCCCUCAAUUUGCCGUCUCUCCAAGUUUGGACAUCGACCCUACAACGUACCAAAGCUACAGCUGCAGGCAUCCAAGCCCCACAACUACAUUUACAUGAAUUGGACGAAAUAUAUUCGGGCGAUUGCGAAUGCCUGACGUACGAAGAAUUAGCAGAGAAAUUCCCACGGGAAUUGGCUCUGCGUGAUCAUGAAAAGCUCAAGUAUCGAUAUCCCCGUGGGGAAUCGUACAUAGACGUGAUGCAGCGGCUUGUGCCACUUCUUCAGCAGUACGAAUGUGAAACCAACAUUUUGACCGUCUCCCAUCAAGCAGUUCUUCGCUGCAUCUUGGGAUAUUUCUUGGACGUUCCCUCAGAAGAAAUCCCGUACUUCCACGUUCCGUUGCACACCAUUAUCAAACUGACGCUGCACGGUUACUCUUAUACCAUGGAAACGGUCAAAAUGCCCAUCGAAUGCGUUGAUACUACAAGGGCUAAACCGAUUAACUGCUCCAUCAAUAGGACUCCCGAAGACGCUCUUAUGACUGUUCCUGCUCACCUAGACACCUUGCAAAGCCUUAGCACCCUCACUCCAUGCACAUAGCCCUUAGAGCCUCGCACAGACGCAUUUAAGCUUCUUAGCUUAGAUUGACUCCUAAGGUUUCUGCUAUUGCCAUGAAAAGUAUGCGAGCGCUGAUAACAAGUAGAUACUUACUUACUUACUGAGAUGAGUAGAAUAUUGCAGGAUAGUAUUUUAAUGGAGUAGCAUAGUAGUACUAGUAGUAUCAGGGGCCGUUUAAAAAAAAUCGUUGAUGUUGAUGAUAAUUGAUUAAUUUCGAGUAGAAAGCUUUUGUUUGUGCAAGUUUGUUUUGUGUCAAAAUUGACGCUAAAGAGGAAUGGGCUUUCGAAAUGAGAUGAAUCUCCUUUUAUUGUAAGAAAAUGCCCACAUAAACAAACUUGCAUCGGAUGCCUUUUAUCAUCAUUGCGAGUUGACGACUUUAGAACGCUUCCGGUUGGAAAAAUGCAUUCUUUCGGUAAUAUUUAUUACUGUUUACGUUCUCUUUGUUUCGUGCAAUUUGAUAUGACAUUUACAAAAGUGGAUUGUUGUGAAGAACGCUGCUAUUUAUUAUUAUUUUUCUUUUUUUUUUUGGCAAAGGUUUCUUGCACUUCGUUCAUUUUCUGUAGUAAUUGUAACGGUUGAAUUGUUUUCGUCUUUUUUUUACUUAUUCUUUUAUAUAGCAUUCGUACGUAUUAAAUGUUUAUUUUAAUUUUUA